AUGUCGUCACGCAAGCCUCUUCUUUUCAACAAGACGGCUGGUUCAAUCAAUGUCCACGACGAUGUUUCACUGCCGCGCUCCUUUCACUGCCAGAUGCCAGACUUUGCCGUCACGCCUCUUGUCUCGAUGGAAUCGUUGGCGAAGAAACUUGACGUCAAAGCCAUCUACGUCAAGGACGAGAGCAAUCGCCUCGGACUCCCCUCCUUCAAGAUUCUGGGUGCCUCCUGGGGCACCUGCCGGGCAAUCAUCGACCAGUUCGACUUGCCCCUCAACUCAUCUUUCCAAGACAUCGCCCGCUGUGCACAGCAAAAGUCGAUUGUCCUAUACACCGCCAGCGCCGGGAAUCACGGCCGAGCGUUGGCAGCCACAGCUCGUUUGCUAGGAAUCCAGUCCAAGGUAUAUGUGUUCAAGGCUGUCGGCCCCGCAGCAGCCGAGCACAUAGCUUCCGAGGGCGCCGAGGUCGUGGUCAGCCAGCUGGAUUACGAUGGCGCGAUGAGAGAAGCCCAUGCUGCAUCCAAGACCGACCCUAGCGGACUCUUCGUCCAAGAUGCCGCGGUUGAUGGCUACACCGACAUCCCGAAAUGGAUUGUUGAGGGCUACGCUACUCUCGUUGCAGAGGUCGAUGCCCAGCUUACUUCGCAGGGCCUGAAGCCGGACCUUGUCGUCACCCCUUGUGGCGUUGGGUCGUUGGCGCAGGCUGUCGUUCGACACUGCAAGUCAGGCGAUCGGGCAUAUCGCGUACUAGCGGUCGAGCCAGACACGGCCGCCUGCUUGUACGAGAGUCUGAGGCAGGGCAAAAUCGCGUCCGUGGCCACCUCUAAGACCAUCAUGGAGGGCCUCAACUGCGGCACGGUAUCGCUUACGGCUUUCAACGACCUAAGAUCGGGCGUCGACGCCUGCGUGACAGUGUCGGACCAUGAAGCCCAUGAAGCCACUCGUGUUCUCGAGGAGGGAGGCAUCAACAGCGGCCCUUGCGGUGGCGCUACCUUGGCAGGCUUGCAACGGCUGGCGGAAAGCGACCAGCGUCCCAGCUGGCUGACCGCCGACUCUGUCGUGGUGGUGCUCAACACCGAAAGCUCACGCCACCACGAGAAGCCCUUGGACGUGGCGGUCGAGGAUGCGACAGGCUUGACCCAGAUCCUCACAAGGAUCGCAUCUGCAAACCCCGAUCUGUCGAAUGAUGCUGGAUCUGACGAGACCGCCAUCGCAGAAUACAUCUUCUCAUGGCUUCGACACCGCGAUUUGGAGGCGCACUGGGUCGAGCGCACUGCGGGGCGGCCGUCCAUUGUGGGUGUCCUACGUGGCACUGGAGGCGGUAAGUCUCUCAUGCUGAACGGCCACAUUGACACGGUGAGCCUUUCAUCCUAUGGCGAGGGUGCGGAUCCGCUCAGUGGCCGCCUGCAAGACAACCGCAUCUAUGGCAGAGGGUCCUUGGACAUGAAGGCUGGCGUCGCGUCGUCCAUGGCAGUCCUCGCAGCCCUCGCCAAGUCGGGUGCCGAGAAGCUCAGAGGCGACAUUCUUCUGGCCGCCGUGUCAGACGAAGAAAACUUCUCCAAAGGAACAGAGGACGUCCUGGCCGCCGGCUGGAAGGCAGAUGCAGCACUCAUCCCUGAACCAACCAGCCAAGCCAUGGUCACGGCGCACAGGGGCUUCGUGUGGGUUGAGAUAGAUGUGCUGGGCAAGGCUGCGCACGGCUCCGAGCCGCACAUCGGCAUCGAUGCGAUCCUGCUGGCCGGCAGUUUGCAAACGGCUCUCCUGGAGUAUGGUCGCACGCUUCCCACGCACCCCCUUCUCGGAAAAGCGCACCUCCACGGCGGCAAGCUCGUAGGCGGCGAGGAACCGUCAAGCUACCCGGCAAAAUGCACCCUGACCAUUGAGUUCCGGACGGUGCCGCCUCAGACACCGUCGUCGAUCAUGGACGAUCUGAAUCGUAUUCUGGGAGAGGUGGCUGCAAAGACACCUGAUUUCCGGUAUGCCGCCCCGCGCAUGACAUUUGCUCGCCCGGGGUCGGCCCUCGAGGAUGACCAUAGUUUUGUACAAACCGUGAGAACCGUGGUUGGGAACGUGACCGGCCAUGUGCCAGCGCCAGCUGCAGCUGGAUUCUGGUGCGACGCAGGUCUUUUGAACGAGGCGGGCAUCCCAUCAAUUGUGUAUGGGCCAAAGGGUGAGGGGCUGCAUGCAGCUGUGGAGUGGGUAGAUGUCGACAGUCUGAAGGAGGUGACAAAGGUAAUUGAGGAUAUAACGCGGAGGUACUGUUUGUAG